AUGGCUGAUUAUCUUGCAUCAAUCUUUGGUACAGAAAAAGAUAAAGUUAAUUGUUCAUUUUUCUUUAAAAUUGGUGCCUGUCGACAUGGCGAGCAUUGUUCAAAAUUACAUAACAAGCCAACAUUUAGUCAAACAAUAUUAUUAAAAAAUCUUUAUUUAAGUUUGGAAAAUAGUUCACAAAAAGCAGAUAAAUCAUUUAUUGGCGAUGACAUUACUGAAGAACGUAUUCAAGAACAUUUCGAUGAUACAUUUGAAGAAUUAUUUGUCGAAUUAGAAAGAAAAUACGGUGAAAUUGAAGAAAUGAAUAUUUGUGACAAUUUAUCUGAACAUUUAGCUGGCAAUUGCUAUGUAAAAUUUCGUUUUGAAGAAGAUGCUGAAAAAGCAGUUGUUGAUCUUAAUAAUCGUUGGUUUGAUGGUCGUGCGGUUUAUGCCGAAUUAAGUCCUGUUACCGAUUUUCAUGAAGCAUGUUGUCGUCAAUAUCAAAUGGGUGAUUGUCCACGAGGUGGUUUUUGCAACUUUAUGCAUUUGAAACCAAUUUCAAAAGAUUUAAGAAAACGUUUGUAUCAACGGCGUCAACGAAAAACACGCAGUGGUUCACGAUCACCAUCUCAUGACCGCUCUCGAUCACGUGAGAAAGAGCGUCGACGAUAA